GGUCACCGAUCCACCCCAUUUAUCCACCCCAUUUACACCAGCUCGUCUCGUCUCGACGUCCUCUCACACGCACACUCACACACUCCCGCAUUACCAUUAGUUACACCAUCUUGAACACAGUCUCACCCGCCAUGCUGUUUUGGCAGCUCAAUGCCUACCUAAACUGUGAUCGUUCGCUCGUUGUCCUGCCUUUCUGAUUUCUCCCUCCCUCGCCUUAGGUUGAAGCUUAGUAGGAGGCCUAGGAACUGCGCAACCGCCUGAACCAUCCGGCUGGCCCGUUCCAACCCACAUCCUGCGAUUCCAUCUCGACACCAGUUCCCGUCGGCACAGAAAAUCUCGCCCCUCACAGCUCCAAAGACGCUGUCGCAAAGGGAUCCCGCUAUUCAUUUCCUCUUUUUUUUUUUAGGCCCACCAUGGCGCAGAUCCUGCUUGACCUCUUCUACUCGUUUGGCAAUUGUCUGAAUUGCUUCCCCGGAUCGCCCACCCUAAAAAUCAAUAGCCGAUCCUUCAAGAUUCUGCGCCUGCUGGGAGAGGGGGGUUUCAGCUACGUAUACCUCGUUCAAGACACGUCGACGGCGGAGCUAUUCGCCCUCAAGAAGAUCCGAUGUCCCUUCGGCGCCGAAUCCGUCCAGCAAGCGAUGCGAGAAGUGGAGGCGUACAAGACCUUCGCCCACACGCCCUCCAUCAUCCACAGCAUCGACUACUCGAUCGCCAGCGAGCGGAACGACGCCGAGUCGAAAACGGUCUACGUGCUGCUGCCAUAUUAUAGACGGGGAAACCUGCAAGAUAUCAUCAAUGCGAACCUAGUAAACCACACGAAAUUCCCCGAAAAGGAGCUUAUGCGCCUCUUCCUCGGCGUGUGCGAGGCCCUCAAAUACAUGCAUCAAUACCAGGCGCCCCGGGGCGGGGAGCGCAUGGAGAUGGGGAGUGCGAAGGCCGCCAAGGAUGGCCGAGGCGGGGGAGGAAAGCGAAACAAGGCCGUCGCUGCUGCCGAUGCCGAUGACGAGACGGAGCAGGCUAAACCGCUGAUAGUCAAUCAAGAGGUGGCGGCGCCCGGCGAGCAGAGAUCCUAUGCCCACCGGGAUAUCAAGCCAGGCAAUAUCAUGAUCGACGAUUCCGGAUCGCAACCGAUUCUGAUGGAUCUCGGCUCCAUCUCCGAAUCGCCCAUCCCCAUAACGUCGCGGUCUCUGGCCAUCGCCACGCAAGACAUCGCGGCGGAACACAGCACGAUGCCCUACCGGGCACCCGAGCUCUUUGACGUGAAGACGGGGGCGGUGAUCGAUACCAAGGUGGACAUCUGGUCGCUAGGCUGCACGCUGUACGCCUGCCUCGUGGGCAAAUCACCCUUCGAGAUGCGCAGCGACGAGACGGGCGGAAGUCUCAGCAUGUGCGUGCUGGGCGGGGACUGGCGAUUCCCCGACGAGAGCCCUCGGGGCCAAAAGAAGGGGAAGGCGACGGCAGGCGGCGCAGGCGGCGGCGCAUCCCGCGACGAUGGGGCGAUCAGCGAGCCCAUCAAGGAGGUGGUCCGGAAAUGCCUCAAGGUCGAGCCGAGCGAGCGGCCGGACAUCGACGAGCUAAUACAGGCGGUGGAGGAGGUGAUCGACGAGCUCCCUGACGACGACGUAUAGAAGGAGGCGGUUAAUGAGCGGACGGCGUGCGGAUAACUUGUACCAUUAUAUUUCGGUCUCCUGCUUAAAUAGCGAGACUAGCAGGACGGGGGCCGGCGAGGAGUACCUAAGGCGGCCAUACUACUUUUAUCUAGGUAUAAGCAAUGUCGCGAUCAGCUCUGGGAGCCAAAAAGGAGAAGGAAUUGUAGAAGAUCCCGUUCCCCGCUCAAUCGCGGCAGAGGGGGUUUGAUGAAUCUGAAUGCCUUACGUUGGACUUGCCUACAUGCUGGC